GGCAUCGUCGCGACUACGCCCUUCACGACAAUCGCCCUCACGCCAUCCGCUGCGUUUCGAUGGCCGCUGACCGCUCUAGUCCGUGGAGUCGUUGGGAUGUACCUGGAGCCGAAUAUAGUCCUCCCAGCAUCCAGAAUGAUGCCGGCAUCGUUGGCACCAGAUUCCAAUAUGACACUGGUACCAAUGUUGGGACCAAUGUUGCCACGAACGUGCUGAGCAAUCUCAUUACACCGCAAACACAGUCGUUAAUAAGAACCGGAUUAGUGGAUCAGAAAGUCAACACUAUUGAUCCUUCAUUCUACGACUGCAUGUAUAGCACGACAGUAGGACAAACAAUUAUUGAAAGAUGCUAUAAAGAUAUUGGUUGUUGUGCAACUACCUGUUGCAAUAAUGACGAUUGGAAGAAUAAAUAUGGUUGGGCAGUUGCAUUAAUCGUUAUAUUCUGUAUACUAGUGGUGAUAGCUGUGGUUAUCUGGAUGAUCGUAUGGUUGAUAAAUCGUUCAAAGGAUAAGAAACAGAAACGUCUUCUGGAGGAUUCCGGUUUAUCUCGUGCAACUUCGAAUAUGUCACUCGCACAAUCGACGCCAAACGGGUACCAUUUCGGAACAGGACCCUUCCAGACACCUCCUGGUGCUGGAUAUCGAUACUAAGUCGACGUGUACUUCGCAUUGUGCCGAAAGCGCACAUAUUUUGCCCGUCAAAGAGAACCAUCCGGUCUCCAGCUGAAUUUGCCAAUUCACUUUUGUUUGAUUUUACAGCUGCGAUUUUAUCGUGAAAGUGUAUAUCUAUAUGCGAAUGACUUUUAGCACGAAAUCGCCUAUUUGUCAUAAGCUUUCGUUUCUUGAUCCUUGAAUAUUCACAAUGUAUAUUUUUCGUCUGAACAUAUCUCUGUUAUUUGUGCUAAUGGGUGCAAAGAGGUUUACAGUCUGUCAUAUUCGAGUUUAUCCGAAUACUGUAAAUAAAC